AUGAAACAUCGGUGUACAGAAGACGGAGAAGAGUUGCAGACGAAGGGCGGAAGGACACGAGACAACUCAAUGUUUUCCACGUCAGGCUUGCUGUUGUCUCUUGUGUUUUGCAUCGCUUUAAUUCACGUGGAACUGAGAAUACAAGAACACCAUCGACUUAUAACACAUUCCGUAACGUUCUGUGGGCAAAUGGAGACACAGAUCCUUCUAAAAGUUAAACAGAGUUACGCGGGAUGGCAAGUCAGCACCAAAGGAAGCCAUUCGGAAGGUCAACAACAGAAGACAAGAGGUGAGUUCAGUUUUUAUUCUCGAGAUGCAAAUUGGCAAUUGAGUUAAAAUUAAUUUGACUCCAUUCGUUAAAAAAUUCAUUACCAACGCAUGGAAUUUCAGUGCUGUUUGCAUUGUAUGUCUGUUCAAUCAACUGAAAAAAAUGAACAAGUAAUAAUGAAUGUUGUACAGUCUGACUCAGUGUACCUAAGCUGGGCUUUGCCAGUUCUUUCUUUCGUUUGUUUGUUUUGCCGCUUUGCUUUGUUGUUAAUUUGCUGUUGUUUUCAUAUGGCUGUGACUGUUGUUUUGACUGUUUUCUUUUACUUUAGUAAAAAACUUUUUCUGUUUACUUUUAUAUACGAACACCGUUCAUCAGUUGAGGGCCAGAGAGAUGCAGUCCUCUCAAGACAAAAGCGGGCACUGGUAAACAACUCGCAAAAUAAUUCGGCUCAAUUAAAACUGCUGAUCAAAGAAGAGCUUCGCCUGCUGCAAAAUCAAAUCUGUGCUAAAGAUAGAACUCUCUGCCGCCCUGGACCAAGGGGUAACACGGGGAGACGGGGAAAACCCGGAAGUCGAGGGACACCAGGUCUCCCAGGGAGACCGGGUUCCACAGGAAGACCAGGGCCAGAGGGACCUCCUGGUAAGCACGGACCAAUAGGACUUCAAGGACCGAUGGGUGUAAAAGGGGAUCUGGGGGUACCCGGUAACCCAGGUCCCGCUGGAGCUACAGGCCCGCCGGGUGAGAAAGGCACUAAAGGUGAAGCAGGCAAGUCCAUCUCAGCUCCAUCUCUGCUGCAGCGUCCUGCUAAAAAGACAACCAAUGAAAGUGAGACAGCCAUCUUCAAAUGCACAGUGGACGGUAACCCACUUCCACAGGUCACGUGGACUAAGCUCAAUUCAUCGCUUCCUGUAGGGCGUCACGUGGUACAAUCCAGUGGUGCGCUGAUUGUAAAGGACGUUAGACCUGACGACGAGGGUGUUUACAGUUACACAGCUAAAAAUCUGCUCGGAAUUGUCAAUGCCUCAGCAAAGCUUAUUGUUCAGUGUAAGUUAUUUUCCUUUCAGUUUCUGCUUAGCUCUUGUAUGCCAGUCUUACCCCGAAGCUCCAGCCGAAGCCACAUGUUGCUUAUGAACUCGGGAAUAUUUCGCUUUGGUUUCGUCUUUUUGUUUUUGUUUUGUUUUUUUUCUCUGCUUUGUUUGUUUUUUAACUUUUCCCAAUAAGUGACAAACACUUCGCUAUAUCCGACAGCUUAUGUGAAAGGAAAAAGCCUUUAAGGCUCAUGAGCACACUGACAUUAGACUCCUUUAAGCAGUACCAAAAACCAGUGAAGAAUACGUUUGUUUGUUCGUUAUGAGGAUGAUAUUGUGAACCUCAUCUAUCUAAUUGGUGGACGCCCGAUUUCGAGCAAGUCCUCUAUGACUGGUGUAGUUAUAAUUAAAUUUCGCCCCUGCUCGCCAUAGAGCCUCCAAUAACUCAGUGGUUAGAGCGUCCGAGCUAGGACUCGGAGGAACGUGAGUUCGAUUCUCAACUGGAGCUCGGAAUUUUUUUCUGAACUUUCUGGUGUUAAAAAUGUCCUUCCAAAUUAAUUGAACUGCCCAAUGACGCCUUUGAUUUUGUCCGUUUUGUUGAUAGUCGCUCCGAAGGCAAUAUUGGCAUCCAAUACACUGAUGGUUGAAGAAAAUCAAAACGUCACUAUCGCCUGCAAUGCUACUGGUCAGCCACAGCCCAGUGUCACAUGGUUUAAAGCAUUAAGUAGUUUGCCAAAGGGUAGAACUAGGUUGACAAACAAGAGGCUGAUAAUCUUCAAUGUGAAAAAGAAAGACCGAGGAACAUACAUUUGCAAGGCAGAUAACAUUUUGGGAUCGGCAACAGACAAUAUUCAACUCAUUAUUUUCUCUCCUUUGCGGUUCAAAAUCCGUCCUCCUCAAGAAUUGACUGCUGUUAUUGGCUCUACCAUCCGUCUGCCUUGCGUGGCCGAAAGUGACCUGAGACCUUCCAUCACCUGGACAAGAGACGACAAGACAUCACUUCCUUCAAACUCUAAUGUUCUUCAAAAUAAUACAUUGGUUUUACACAAGAUUAAGAAAGCGCACCAGGGAUCAUACACCUGCAGAGCCACUAAUGCUCUGACGUCAAUUGAAGCUAAUGUCAAGGUUAACACUCCUUUUGCACCUUCCUGUUCUGUUUUGAGAAAAUACCUUACCGGUGUAAGCGGAAAUUACGUCAUUGAUCCAGACGGCGAAGGAGGCCUGGCGCCAUUCACAGUAUACUGUGACAUGACUGCAAAGAAUGGAGUUGGUGUGACAGUCAUCAGUCACGACAGUGAGAGCAGAACAAAGGUGCGCGAUGGUCUCAGCUGGGGAGGUGCAGGUAGCUACUCACGUGACAUCCAUUACACAGGAGCGAGUCUUUCUCAGCUGGCGAGUCUUACCAGAGUCUCCUCACACUGUGAACAGUUUAUCAAGUAUGAAUGUUAUGAUUCAAGGUUAUUAAAAAAUGGAAUGGGAUGGUGGGUGUCACGUGAUUCUUCUAAGAUGACGUACUGGGGAGGAGCAUCUCCUGGUAGUGGUAAGUGCGCAUGCGGGAUGACCAACUCAUGCGCAGACUCCAGUUACGGCUGUAACUGUGAUAAGAAUGACUAUGUUUGGCGUGAAGACAGCGGUCUCCUUACUGACAAGACAAAUCUUCCAGUAAAACAGCUCCGGUUUGGUGACGCAGGGAGCACUAACCAGGGCUACCAUACUCUAGGAAAACUGAAGUGCUAUGGCACAGCAUAA